CGUCUCAUCUGUCUGAUGGCAGUCGCCACUUUUGAGCUCAGUGUUUUCUAAGCGAGCGCUUCCAUGGAAUGUGACUCAAACUCCACGCAACGACACCGCUGACAUUUCAAAAUCGGCAACAACCAGCGCAGAGGAUGAGAGGACCCAACGUAUCGGACAUGGGCAAAAGUGUGGACCACUGCAACGUGAGCAACGCCGUGACAUACGACGUACUCUCGGGGGUCGUCAUUGGACAGUUUGUCCUCGGUCUGCCUCUUAACCUGUCCGUCCUCUACGUUUUUAUCUUCAAGUUCAAAUUCUGGAAAAACAGGAGUGUCUUCCUGUUCAAUAUCGUGGUCGCCGACUUCCUACUGGUGGCUUGUCUUCCCUCCAAGGCCUACAGCUACACACUGGGCCAACGCCGCAAUCCUAACUACAGCCUGUGUAAGGCCAUGCACUUCAUGCUCUUCCUCAACCGCGGGGCUAGCAUUGCCUUCUUAGUCACCCUGUCCCUGGACCGCUACUUUAACGUGGUGCACCUCGGACGGAGGAACUUCGUCAAGGUACUGAAGAAAUCUCCGGAAAUCUCGGUGGUGAUUUGGCUUCUCCUGCUGCCACUCGCCAUCCCGGCCACGCUCCACUCCUUCGAGUGCUGCAACAGCCUCGGACGCAACAGCACCUUCCACCAGACCCUCACCGACAUCUUCAGAGAGACGGUGUUCUUCUCACAAAUCAUCCCCCCUUUCAUCAUCCUGCUCUACUGCACGGUGCGCAUCGUCCAUCGGCUGAGGAAGAAGACCGUUGGAGAGAAGGCCAAACUGCGGCGGGCCAUGUACGUGGUAGCGUGGGUCGUGGUCAUCUUUUCCGUCUGCUUCCUACCGAGCACCGUCGCCCGGGCGGCGUUGCUGGUUGUGCGCCUCAAAAAGUGGGAGGAAGUCGAGGAGGUGGUGGUCCAGUUCUACGACGCUCUCAUGGUGCUGUCCUACACGGACUGCCUGCUGGACCCCUUGGUCUACUGUUUCUGCUACUCGGGCUUCAAGGACGCCUACUUGGACACCUUCUGUCCGUCUUUCUUAUACAAGAGGCUGCGCAAAGAAGGGACCCCGUCGUCGUCGAAUAUGACGACUUCAAAGUCGCGCAGCACUUCUUUGCCGAUGAUUGAGAAAUUACAAGUAUAAAAUUUAGGGAUGUACUGACAACAAAAUUCUGGCCGAGGUUACUUUCCCCCUUCUGUCAUUGUAUGCAUGCUAUCCUCAUUAAAAUAUGAAAACCAAUAAAUAUUUGGGUGGUUUUAGUUAAAGCAGACACUGUUUUUACAUCUGUGUGAUUUUGACAAAGAUCAGCUCACAUUUGAUGGUGAUUCUAUGAAGAAAUGUGAAAUUCCAAAAGGUUCAGAAUACGUUUUCAUACCACUGUACGUAGACAUCACAUUUGGAUCAUGUAGGCUACAAUAUUAACAUGAGGUCUUAAAGUGUUCCCAAUAUGACCCAUAAUCUGAUGCCCACAUGUGGACGACAACAUUAAUACAGUGGGGCAAAUAAUUAUUUAGUCAACCACUAAUUGUGCAAGUUCUCCCACUUGAAAUAUUAGAGAUGCCUGUAAUUGUCAACAUGGGUAAACCUCAACCAUGAGAGACCGAAUGUGGAAAAAAAACAACAGAAAAUCACAUUGUUUGAUUUCUAAAGAAUUUAUUUGCAAAUCAUGGUGGAAAAUAAGUAUGUUCGUCUCAAUACUUUGUUAUGUAACCUUUGUUGGCAAUAACGGAGGCCAAACGUUUUC